CGCCUGCGCACUUCACAGGUGAGUUCAUUUAUAUCUUAAUGAGCGCGCGCGUGUCGGACGGCUAAAGCAGUAGUUUGGACGAGCCGGCGGCUCCAGGUGUGAUAGAUAUGUGUGACACGGAACAGCCUCCACCACCAAAGGAAGGAGAGACCAGAGAGCCCCAGUGGCCCGAAAAUGGAGACGAUUGGAGCGAAACUGAGGAGGAAACCGGCAUGGACUGUGAGCUCCUGCAGGCCAUGGCUGAGGAGGAUGAGGAGAUAAAUGUCUACAAUGAGGAGACGUUUGGCAUGGAUAUGGACACCAGCGGUACCACAGGGGACCUCGGCAACACCAGCGAUCCGUUUGGAGAGCCGUUGCCUCCAACACCUUCGCCGCCACCACCUCCAGAGCCCAAACCGCCUCUACCUGACACCAUCCGCUGUUCCCCUCCAAGACAGAGUCCACACCAUCUACCCAGAAGUGCUCCUUUUAACCGAAGCAGAGGCCGGGGACUGAGGGGAGGACUGAGCAGAGGACACAUGUUUGAAGAUCCAGCUGUGAUGAGGAUAGUGGAGGGUCGACCGAGUCUCAUGAGUCUUGACAGCGCUAUAGUGGACUGUGGGCAUGCCGUGUACAGGACAAACUUUGACGAUGGUAGAAUGACUCGAUCAUACAGGAAAAAUCGAGUCACUGGAUCAAUACUUCAGGACAGUGCCAUUGUCUGUGUGAUUGGUCAUCGAGGCAGAGGUCAGCACUCCAACCCCAGCUUCCUGGAUUUAUCAUGUCCCGUCUCCUCGUACGGGUUUCGGAGAGGAGAUCCCAGAGGGAGCUUCUCCAGAAGGCCGAUUGGCCAAAGAGGGCCUCCUCAGUUUCCCAUUCCUAUGAUACCUGGAUCCCCCAUGUUCCCAAGUCAACCUCUGACCCCAAGACAUUUCAAUCAGCAGACGGGCAGCUUCAUGUUUCCUCCAAGUCGUCCCUGUCCCUCCACUCCUCAGUCCGUCAAUCCCAAAUUGGCGCAACUUCGCUUUGGUGCCAACUCGCCGAGUCCGUCCCCGUUCUACAGUCCCCAGUCGAACCCGGUUCAUCCCAUCAGGUAUCCUGGUCCAGUCACGCAGCUCCAUCCUCAACACAAACGACUGCUAGGUCAAAAACAUUGCGUAUUCCAAAGAAAGUCUGAAGGCUGGGACCCGUACUGUAAUCUCAUGACGGCUAAAGAGAAGGAGUGGAUCACUCGUCUGCAGAUGAUCCAGCUGCAGAGUGAGAACCCGUUCCUGGAAGAUUACUAUUACCAGGAGUAUUAUCGGCGUAUAGAAGCCAAGAUGGCUGAAGAAGAGCUGGGCAUCAGGAGCAAAAAGGAACCUCCAAAGCUCACCACUCCAUACAUUACAAAAACUGACGCCUACACACCAGUGGUUCAUAUCGAAGGCUCUUUGGGUCAGGUCGCCGUGUCCACGUGUUACUCUCCACGCCGUGCCAUCAGUGCGGUUCAUGCGGUCCAAGCUCACUGUCCGACAGAGGAGCAGAACGGCACCAGACAACAAAGGUUAGAGAUCCUCAGCAAAAUAGAAAAGUUGUUCGUAGUUCUGCUGGAAGUGGAGGAAACGGAGAGGAUGAAGACUACAGUCUUGUCUGAAUCUGAGGAGAGGAGGCUGCUGGAGAAAACACAAAGAAAAGUGGAGCACAUCUACAGCCAGCUCCAACACCACAACUCUCCAGAUUCAGGAGAAGAGUUCCUUUCUUUCCUGCUCAUCUCAAAAGGCAAAAGACUUCUCGCCCGUCUGCUCCCCUUCCUGAAACAUGAGUCGGCACAAAAGAUUUUACACAUUGUGAGCCGAAACCUCCCCAUGCUGAUGAGCAGAGAUGCUGAGGAGGCUCUGCCGGUGCUCUACCUCCCUCUUCGAAAUGUGAUUGGUGGCCUCACGUUCAGUCAGCUCAUCAAUGUCCUCAAAGAUCUGACCACAGAGUCUCUGGAGACGCAUGAGAGCCUCUCACUGGCCUGUCAGAAUAAGUUUGGACUGUCUUUUCUGUACGCUCUCCUGUCCCACGGAGAGAAGCUGCUCUCGUCAGGCGUCCCGCUUGAGCCCAGCAUCGGUGACUUUGAGACUUGGACCGACAUAAUAUUCCAGGUGGCAGGUCAGCUGUCCCAGUGUUCACUGGUGGAGCCGCUCCUCCUGCCCUCAAACCUGCUCACGCUCUUCUGCCGGUACCUGGACAAACGCACCGUUAAUCAGCUCAAAAGCAACAUGGAGUCUGCAACCGGGUUCCUGGCUCUUCCAUCAUAAGUCUCGUUACUGUAGUUGGAUUAUGAGUGAAAAAGCAGGAAAACAGAAAAUCUCCGGUGCUCAAAUUUUGUUUUCCAUCCCCCUGAUCCCCCUCACGUUUUUGCACUUUUAAACUGUUUCCUUUAUUAUUUCCUUCAUGUUUUACUUUCCUCCCUGAAGUCCAUCAGAGCUAAUUACUUUUGACCUUUUCUUUUUUUAAAUGUUCUUUCCUAAGAUAUCAACUAUCUUUUUUCUUUUUUUUUAUAACACUUGAAUGCUCUUGAAAUACCAUCAGAAUCGGUGACGAGGUGGAGGAUAGUUUGUAAUUAUUGUACAGAUGAAACUUUAAUUAUAAUGAAUAUUUAGUUCUCAUGACUUAUGCAAUGCAGUUUUGGGUUGUUUUGUAAAAUGGCAUGCAUUGUGUUCACAUGUGAUGAUGCUAAAGAUGUAUUUUGUAAUUUUUCAUCUUAAAUCUUUAAGCUUCUUUUCUUUUCAUUUGGAAACGGCGAUCAUUUAAGCUGCACUUGUAAAGCACUUGCAAUAUGAAUAAAAAAAAUCUGAAAAUUG